CACGAAGGCGCCGGCCAUGGCGUGCUUUCAGACGCGUCCAAGUGCUGCUGUUGUGGUCGUCAUCACCAUGUUUCUGCUCCAAGCUUGCUAUGAAGGUAGUCAAGCAUCAGCGUCUUCCUCGCUGCAGCUGCAGCUGCCUCGGCAUCAGAUGCGCAAGAUGCUCAGCGUCAGUGCACCUUCCAUGCCAUCGAGCGGCGGAGGACGGCGCUCGACGGAGCCGUUGGAGCUGGAGGAGUGCUCAAAGGAUCUCCUGGAGGUGUUCCAGAUCAACGCGCCGAGCAUGGCGGGCGGCAUACCGGCCUACAGCGUGGAGUUCACCAACACAUGCAUGGAAUGUCUCGUGUGCGACGUCCAUGUCGCAUGCGGCGACUUCGCCUCAAAUGAUGUCAUCGACCCGACCAAGUUCCGCCGCCUCGGCUUCAACGACUGCCUGGUCAACGGCGGCCUGUCCAUUGAGCCUAGCUUUCCCGUGUCCUUCCAGUACGGCAACUCUUUUCCCUACCCGAUGACAGUCUCGUCCGCCUCCUGUCACCGUAACUAG